AUGCUGGACACUGUAUUGAAACAUAUGCGAGCCCUCAAAGCCCUGAAGCGUCCUACCGAUCAGUGGGAUUAUGUUAUGAUUUAUCUCGUUACUAGCCGAUUAGAUCCACUCACGAGUAAAGAGUGGGAAACUUCAAUAAAAAAGGGUGAAAUACCAAAGUUUACUGAGUUAACAGAUUUUUUAGCUCAACGUUGUCGUGCGUUGGAAGCGUCCUCACGCACACAAAAGGGUCCAUCAAACCCUACAAAGCAAGGAAAAUCUGAUCAAGGCAAGAGUACAAAGGUGCACGUAGCCACAACAAACGUAAUGUGCGCAUUCUGUGAAAAACACCACCCGAUAUAUAGGUGCAACGAAUUUGUGCAACUUAAAGUGGAGCAGUGGAUAAAGGAGGCGAAAACGCCGACUACGGCAGGUACGCAUUCUAAAAAGGCACCAACGGCGAGUGUGAGUCUUGCAGCAGUUCGUCGAAAAGGGCAGGUGCUUCUCGCAACAACAGUCGUCAAUGUUGUAGACUCCAAGGGUAAUCCAAGACCUUGUCGAGCCUUAUUGGAUUGUGGGUCGCAAUCCCGUUUCAUUACGACGAAUUGCGUAGAAAAACUCGGACUCAAACAAUUUGGUAUGCACAUUCCAAUCUCUGGCCUGGAAGAAUUAUCGAUGCAGACUCGCAAGUUAGCAAAAAUAACUAUACAAUCAAGGGUUAAAGGAUACCAAGCCAGGCUCGACUGUCUCGUAAUUGAAAAGAUUACGCAGUUUCUCCCGGCCAGCCAACUCGAUGUCGAGGAAUUGCAAAUCCCGGAUGGCAUUACAUUGGCAGAUCCUGAAUUUAAUCAGCCGUCAGCUGUAGAUUUGCUUAUUGGCGCGGAAAUAUACUUCGAAUUAUUGUGCAAUAGAAAAAUCAAACUUGCAGAGGAUCAACCGAUAUGGCAGAAAACGGUGCUCGGCUGGAUUGUCUCCGGAAAGUUUGCCAUGAAGAUGCCUCCGAGAAAAGACAUAAAAGCGCAACUCGGAAGGUCGAUUCAUCGUAACGCUACCAACGAGAACAAGCAACUCCAAAAUCUACCAGAAUCAAGAAACACAGCUCUGCAGCGAUUCACGAUGUUAGAGCGCAAAUUGGAGCGAAGACCUCAGCUCAAAAAAGAAUAUAGCGAUUUCAUACAUGAGUACUUGAAAUUGGGUCACAUGAGAGAGUUGGGCAACGAUAGUCCAUCAUGGGAUAUACGGCCACAUUUUUACUUGCCGCAUCACUGCGUAAUAAAGGAGACCACUACGACAACAAGGUUGAGAGUCGUAUUCGACGCGUCUAGUAAGACAACGAGCGGCAUCUCGCUCAACGACUCCAUGUUCGUCGGUUUCGUUCUUCAAGAGGAUUUGUUUUCAAUUCUACUCCGAUUUCGAAGCUUUGAAUACGCUUUGACCGCUGACAUUGCAAAAAGGUAUCGGCAAAUACUGGUGGACGAGACACAAGUGCCUCUUCAACGAAUUGUUUGGCGUGACCAAAUAACUGAUGAUAUCAAAACUUACGAGUUGUUGACACUGACUUAUGAAACGGCACCAGCUUCGUUCUUAGCAACCAAGUGGGCUUCAAAUAAUAGGGACCUACUGGAAGAUGCAACAGGAUCGUCUACUACAUGUGCCAUUCUAGAAUUGAACAAAGAUGGCACGUCGAAAACUCUAGGAGUCAAAUGGAAUCCUACGAAGGACGUGUUGCAAUACGCAAUCUCGAUAGAAUUAUUGAGGACGAGCUCACACACGAAGAGAUCGAUCUUAUCCGAUAUUCACACUGAGUGGUCGGAUUACGUGAUGAAAAUACAAGCUCUGAACGGUCUCACCAUUCCACGAAAGAUUACCGUAACUGGACCAGAUGUACGACUAGAGCUUCAUGGAUUCUGCGACGCGAGUGAACGCGCUUAUGGAGCUUGCGUCUACAUGCGUAGUAGUCUUUCUAUCGAGUUUCUCCAGUUGUGCAGAGCACAGUUGCUCACUCACCUAAUGAGUAAUGUGAAAAAGGCAUUGGAGGUGGUGAUCAUUUCCACGUAUUAUUGGACAGAUUCAUCGAUAGUUUUACAUUGGAUCCAAGCGCGGAACAAGAAAUUGCCCGUGUUCGUUGCUCAUCGAAUAGGCGAGAUUCAAGAAAUGACUUCGAUUAACGAGUGA